AUGUCACCUCAGAGAUCAGACUCAAUGGAGGCCCAAGACAAUAUCCGAAAGCGAGUAUGCAAGGCGUGCGAUCGCUGCCGUCUAAAAAAAUCAAAGUGCGAUGGAGCAAGCCCUUGCAGUCGCUGCAAAGCCGACAACGCAAUCUGCGUCUUUGGAGAGCGAAAGAAGUCUCAGGACAAAGUAUAUCCCAAGGGUUACGUCGAGAUGCUUGAGCAGCAACAAGGCCAACUAGUUGCUGGUCUGCGAGAACUCUACAGCCGCCUACAGCGAGGCGAAAGCUGGCCAGGCCAACCACUGCAAGAAACAGCAGGUGGCCAUCCCCUUACCCACGACAUUUUGGAACGCCUGGAUCUUCUACACGCCCCUAGCGAAAGCAGCACUCACUACGAAGGGUUCGAGGAAGACUGCAAUCGCAUGCAGCAAAGACUAAUCGAGGGAGGCGCCCCAUACACACAGAGACGAACUUCAGUCAGCUCAGAAUCCGACCACGGCCACGCUUCGUCCAAUUCCUCAUACAAUGGCACUCCCACAACCAGGUCUUUUGCCUACGAAAGCCCUUUUGCCCGCAACAACGCACCGCCAACCCCACCCAUGAACAGCCCAUUCCCACGACAGUCGCAGGUAGUUUCGCCAAUCAAGCAAGAGCCGGUAAUGGCCUCGCCACCGUUCAUGGGCAGCGGUGUCAUGGACCCCUCUGCACUGUCACGAGCACCCUGGAUGAACGACUCGAUGAUGAUGGAUGACACAGUCGACUUCAAGCCAAUGUACGGAUUCGACAGCUUCCCCGCCUACGACCAAAGCAUGAUGGUGGAGAGUGUUGCGAUAAGCCCAAACGACCCAAUGAUGCCCGAUUGGAAUACGCACAAUGAGUUGGAUUUCAGCAGCUUCAUCCAGAACCCCGUUGGCGCAUAG